AUGCACUGGAAAGAAACAACUUUUGUCCUCCACGCACGUGUCGAUGGUUACAACAACGAAGAGGUGAGCGUGCAGUUCAGAGGCAAAAGGGUUUUAUUCAUCAUCGCGGAAAGUCCAAGUUGUGGAAGGUUCAUGAAGAGGAUCCAACUGCCGGAGGAUGUGAAUGUGGGACAAACCAAGACGGUGGUUGCUGACGAAAUGUCGAUGAUGAUUUCAAGCAGUUUCCGUCACGGAUGCACCAACAUCAUGGACCCAUUCUCUGUCAUUAUGCACUGGCAAGAAACAACUUUUGUCCUCCACGCACGUGUCGAUGGUUACAACAACGAAGAGGCGAGCGUGCAGUUCAGAGACAAAAGGGUUUUAUUCAUCAUCGCGGAAAGUCCAAGUUGUGGAAGGUUCAUGAAGAGGAUCCAACUGCCGGAGGAUGUGAAUGUGGGACAAACCAAGACGGUGGUUGCUGACGGUAUGCUGAUCAAGAUCAUCGUACCCAAAGGGAAUGUGAAUCAGCCCCAGAUCAGAUUGAGAAAUAACUCUGCAAUAAUAGCCAGCGUCUCAAGACGACACCGUGGCUGUUUUUUCUGGUAG